AGAAUUUGACACGAAUGGAAUUAUGGAAAUCUACAAACAGUGCAAGCACAUCAUUUUUGACUAAUGACCGUUGUCACUCGUCAUCUUCCUUGCUUCACCAUUUUUGGCCUCAGCAAAGCAUAUUACACCACAUGAGGAGUCUCGUACUAAACAGAGUUGAGUUGUCUCGUCCGAUUAACACCAUCCGGCCACCUCUUCUACCGCGGCAUUCAAGGCUGGGUGGACGCAAACCUGCCGGUUAUGGACCACCUUCAUUUUCGACGUCGGUUAGAAAAUCCCGUCCAUAUGAAUACGCGCCGCUUCGCGUUUCUGAACUGAACGAGACCUCUUCGUCGGGCUCCUUCGAUGUGGUGAUAAUUGGUAGCGGAAUAAUCGGGUUGUCAAUAGCGCGCCAAUUCCUUCUCGGGUCGGAUCUCUCCGUUGCCGUGAUUGAUGCUGCCGUGCCUUGCUCCGGCGCUACGGGGGCAGGGCAAGGCUACCUGUGGAAAGUGCACAAAUCACCAGAUACUGAUAAAUGGGAACUGGCAGAAAGAAGCCAUCAACUAUGGGAGGACCUUGCCAAGAACGUUGAAUUUGAAGGAAUGGAUCCUUCAGAGAUGAUUGGAUGGAAGAAGACAGGAAGCUUGUUAGUUGGUAGAACAUCUGAGGAAUCCUCUAUUCUCAGAAGAAAGGUGAAGAAACUGUGUGAUGCUGGUACGAGGGCAGAAUUUUUGACGAGCAGUGAUUUGCUCUCUGAAGAACCUGCACUUGUGCUUGAAAAGGAAGGAGGAGCAGCUUAUGCACCUGAUGAUUGCCAGUUGGAUGCUCGGCGUGCUGUGGCAUUUAUUGAGAAGGGGAAUAGGCAAUAUGCCUCAGAAGGUCGAUAUGCAGAGUUCUAUCACGAGCCUGCUACUUCCUUGUUAAGAUCAGGCAAUCAUGGAGAAGUUGAAGCAGUUCAGACAUCCAAGAACAUUUUGCAUAGUAAGAAGGCUGUUAUACUUGCAGCUGGUUGUUGGAGUGGUUCUUUGAUGCAUGAACUUAUUAAGCAUCAUGAUAUUGAAUUGGAUCUUCCUAUCAAGCCUCGGAAGGGCCACCUACUUGUGAUAGAUAACUUUAAGCCCUUUAAGCUGAAUCAUGGUCUUAUGGAGGCAGGAUAUGUCAACCAUGAAUCCCUGAAAUCUGCACCUAAUUCAGUAUCUGCUCAUACAGUACAAACUACAUCCGUCUCAAUGACAGCAACCAUGAACAUGUCUGGCGGUCUCAUUCUCGGUAGCAGCCGUCAACUAGUUGGCUUCAACAUUGAGGUGGAUGAAUCCAUCAUCAAAAGAAUAUGGGAGCAGGCUGGGGAGUUCUUUCCAAUGCUGAGAAAGGAAUCUCUAGAAGAGUUGCGUCAAAACAGUGAAGUGAGAGUGGGACUAAGACCUUACUGUACUGACGGGAAGCCGGUCAUCGGCCCUGUACCUGGAUUGUCAAACCUCUUUGUGGCAGCUGGCCAUGAAGGAGAAGGACUUUCACUGGCCUCAGGAACUGCUGAAAUGAUAGUUGAUAUGGUCCUGGGGAAUCCUGGGAAAGUAGAUCCAACUCCAUUUGCAGUGCGAGGUCGGUUUUGCUGAUCACCCAUUUAUAUGCUGGGCUGUUAUCAUGUGUUGUCCUUGUAAAUCAAUAAACAAUUAAGAUCAUCAAGAAAUAAAACGGUAGGAUGCCCAAGUAAGAACUACUUCUUUAUGUACACUGGGUACCGGGCCGCUAUGGAGUUGUGCAUGAUUAGGCAGUGAUUUGUGUCCGUGUCAGGUGGGCAAUUCUACUUUUGAGUCCAAUAUUGUAUGUAAGGUCGUACGGUACAAUUUUAUAGAUUAGCUAGUUCCCCAUUCCAAUUUUAUGUAAGGUCGUACUCUAUAAGGUCGUACUUAUAGAGUUUAAGAUGGUUGACUGAUGAAUAAGUAAACUCUUUCCCACAAUAUAUAUGGACAUUAUAUAUGGUCGGGGUUCGGAUUUAGGUAAAUGGAGUUAAUGGUAGACUCAUACCAGUCAUGCCUAGAUCAAAUCCAUUGACAUGCCUAAAUUUAACAGAGCUUUGUAAGCCCUUUUUCAUUAUUAGGGGUUGAGACUUGAGAUUAAAAAAUCUUAAUGAUAAAGAUUGCAUUGUUAUUCAACUAUGAUUAUUCAACUUGAAA